AUGCCAGCGUCUAAUGGUGAUAGUGUUAAAGUUGCUGUAAGAGUUAGACCAUUUAAUCAGAGAGAAAAGAAUGCAGGAUCAAAAUGCAUUAUAUCUAUGAAUGGGGCUUCAACAACUAUAACCAAUCCUGAUAAUGGUGACAGUAAAACAUUUUCUUUUGAUCAUUGUUAUUGUUUCACCCUGCCUUUUGGUCAAAAAUAUAUUUUCUUAUUUCAGAAUAAAGUGUUUAGUGACCUUGGUAAAGGUGUAUUAGACAAUGCUUGGCAAGGUUAUAAUGCUACAUUAUUUGCCUAUGGACAGACUGGGUCUGGUAAGAGUUACUCUAUGACCGGCUAUGGUAAUAAUAAAGGUAUUGUACCUAUAACUUGUGGUGAACUAUUUAAAGCUAUUGAAAGUAACAAAGAUGACAAGAAACAAUUGAGGGUAACAUUCAGUAUGUUAGAAAUAUAUAAUGAACAGAUCAGAGAUCUAUUGGUUAAAGGACAACAAAAACAAGGUGGUUUAAAAGUUCGACAGAAUCCUAAAGUUGGGUUUUAUGUUGAAGGCUUGAAGCAAGUACCAGUAAGUAAUUAUAAAGAAAUAGAACAGUUAAUGAAUCAAGGUGCUAUCAGUAGAACUACAGCCUCUACCAAUAUGAAUGCUACUAGUAGUAGAUCACAUAUGGUUAUAACUAUUAAAUUUGAACAGGUAUUUAUGAAUGUAUCUGGUGAAAGUACUACUAAAAGUAGUGAGAUAAAUCUAGUUGAUUUAGCUGGUAGUGAAAGAGCUAAUAGUACUGGUGCUACUGGUGAUAGAUUAAAGGAAGGAGCUGCUAUCAACCAGAGUUUAUCAUCUCUUGGUAAUGUUAUUAGGGCUUUGGCUGAUAUUUCUGGAGGGAAGAAGAAAGUGAUUGUACCAUACAGAGAUUCUGUUUUAACUAAACUAUUACAAUCUGCUCUUGGUGGUAACAGUAGAACUAUUAUGAUUGCUGCCUUAAGUCCAGCUGAUAUCAACUAUGAUGAAACAUUAUCAACUUUAAGAUAUGCCGACAGGGCUAAAAAGAUUCAGAAUAAUGCUGUAGUAAAUGAAAGUCCUACAGAAAGAUUAAUUCGAGAAUUAAAAGAAGAAAAUGAAAGAUUAAUGGCUAUGUUAAAAACUGGUGGAAAUAAAAAAACAGAUAAUUCAGAAGAAUUAAAAUAUCUGUUGGCUGAAAAUGAAAGACAAAUGGGU